GCUGCUGUCGCUACUCCUAGCUGGCUGUAACCCGGACUUUCCGUCGCGUGCAGGAGAUUCUCAGCAACACAUUUGCCCGCGGAUGUUUGGUCUGUAACAUUUGUUCCAUUUACCCGCGUUUAAUCCACGAAUCAAGUCAAAAAUAAUAGUUUAACGGACUUUAAAAUCCACGUCUACGCUAACUGAGGAGGCGGGUUUCAUGGUUAGCUGCGCUUUCGGCAGAUUAGGAUGAAAGGGGGCUAAAAUAAAUAAAAUCAGAAUGUGAGAUGAUCUGGGCUUUGUGACACGGAGCUUUACCCUGCUUGGAGUAGCUUUCAGAGGUUGGGUCCACCUGGUCAUAAAGGCAUGGACAUGGUCAGCAGCAAUACUCGGGUAGGCUGUGGGGUUUGAAAAAGACUCAGAUGGGACAUGAACACCUCUCACAUCAUCACACCACCACCGCCAUGCUGGAGCCUUGAUGUUGGUGACGCCGUCUCUUUCCAGUCUGCCGAUUCUCCUGUUUCUGACGCUAUUCUGUAAAUGUUAGAGAUGGUUGUGGGAAAAAUCCCAGUGGAUUAUUUUCUGAGAUACUCAGACCAGCCGGUCUGUCACUAACAAACCUAUAUUUAUCUAUGUAACAUAAAACAUGCCAUGUUCAAAGCUUCUUACGUUUCCUUCUUUUCCUCCAAUCGGUUGCUCAGUUUGAUCUUCACCAGCUGCCUGCUGUCGCGUGAUUGGCUUAUUUAGAUAGUGCUGACUCAGAAUCUGGGCAACGCAUCAUCCCUCAGUUACAGUUUUUAAUAAAAACACGCUGACAUCAUAAUUUUGCAGUACUGCAGGAGUUGCAUGUACCUCUGGAGGUUAAAAUAAAAGUUUGUAUCAUUUGAAAUGUUUAGAUUAAAAUUACAAUGAUGAAGAAUUAGGAGGAAUAAUUUAACUUGAAAUAACUCAUUUAAUAAACUCACCGCGGGUCCUUUCGGAGGUCAUGGGAGGUCACAGCCGAAGAGUCGGACGAGCUGCGAGAAAGCGGCGGCAGAAACAAGAAAACAUGCAUUCAGUGUCACUGAGUCCCCAGCAGCAGUACAUGAGGCUGAUAAAGUUCCUCCACCAGCGAGGGUUCCCCUCCUCUCCGCUGCAGCCGACCCUCUUCUCCGACACAGGCAGAGGGCUGAAGACUCUCCGAACUAUUCAGCCUGGUGAGAUGAUAAUUUCUCUACCAGAAUCUUGUCUCAUCACAACAUCGACUGUUCUGGACAGCUACCUGGGCCCGUACAUCAAGAGCUGGAGUCGUCGUCUCUCACCUCUCCUGGUGCUCUGCGUCUUCCUGGUGUGUGAGCGGCACAGAGGAGAGGCCUCUGAUUGGUUCCCCUACAUCGAUGUGCUACCCUGCACCUACACCUGCCCUGCAUAUUUCUCGGAUGAUGUCAUAGAUGUGCUGCCAGCUGAUGUGCGGAGGCAGGCGAUGGACCAGAGGGAGGCGGUGCGUCAGCUGCACUCGUCCAAUGAGGACUUUUUCAGGUCCCUGCAGCCAGCUCUGAGCCAGCCCACAGAUGUUCUGACCUACGAGGCUCUGAGGUGGGCAUGGUGUAGUGUGAACACUCGCUCCGUCUUCAUGUCCCGCCCACCUAACCACUUCCUGUCUGGACAGGACAACUAUGCUUUGGCUCCAUUUCUGGACCUCCUGAACCACCGCCCUGAUGUGCAGGUAAAAGCAAGCUUCAACAGUCAGAGCAGAUGCUAUGAAGUCAGAAGUGUUGAUGGGACGAAGCGCUACCAGCAGGUGUUCAUAAACUACGGUUCCCAUGACAACCAGCGACUUUUGUUAGAGUACGGUUUUGUUACCAUGGACAAUCCUCACAGCGUCGUCUAUGUGGAAAAAGAUCUCCUCUGUGAUGUGCUGAAAGGUGAUAAAAGUUUGGAUCAGAAGAUGAAGUUCCUCAGAGAGCACGAUUUCCUCCAGAACCUCACUGUGUCCAGGGAAGGUCCCAGCUGGAGGCUGAUGACCGCUCUCAGACUUCUGUCUCUGCCACAAACGCUCUACCACCUCUGGAAGGCAGCGCUGCUCGGCCAGGCUCUGUGUGAAAACCUGGAGCAGUGGGGCGUAGAGACGGUCAUGGCUUUGUGUCGGCGACUUCAACGAGAAUCACAAACAGCCUUAGAGAAGAUCACACACCUGCUCCAGCAGUGUGAGCAGCCAAUCAGAGAUCAGCUGGAGAUGGUGAGGUCCUUGCGGCAAGAGGAGAGCUGGAUCCUAGAAGGCUGUUUUAAAACACUUGAGGACAACUUCCUGUCAUCCAGACCAAAUGACGGGGCGAUGAGGUGACGCCGGAGCGGUGUAAUAAUCCAGAUUACUGGCUGAACUCUCUCCUGACUGGUCCCCCAGAGCACACAGUUGGCAUCAAAUUAAUGUAUUUAAUAAUAAAAUAUUUUAGCAGCUGAA